GCAGCGAGCAUGUGAGAGCCAACAGACACAGCGAGUCAGCUGGAGUUGUGUCAAAAACAGAAGACAUGUCGAUUUUUCCGAAAAUCUCCCUGAAGCCUGAAGUGACGGAAUAUCUGAGGAGUGUUUUCAUGAACAAGGAGGUUCUUGCAGCCGUGGGUCCUCAGGAGGCUGAGUGUCGUUUCCAGAAGCUGCUCUCGUGUCUCUCUCAUCCGCCGUCCUACACUUGCGUGCGGGCCAGCACUCAUCUGGCUCCCUUGGAAGAAAUCCACGACAAGCUGCGAGAGGAGCUGAAGAGACAGCAGACAUGCAGCCCCUCCGAAGACUGCAUCCAGAUUCUUCCACACCCCAGAGUGAACGAUGUGCUGCUCCUUCCUGUCGACGGCCCCAGACCCGUGAAGCAGCUCAGCUCAGAGGUGGUGGUGGGCGCUCAGUGUGGGAACGCCGUGCUGCGAGGAGCUCACGUCUUCGCUCAGGGAAUCAUGGCCAGCCCCAAGUACAUGAAGGUCGGGGAUGUGGUGUCUGUCUUCUCUGACCUUGAGGGCAGCUGCACCCGUGGGGCCACCAGCUUCCAGGGUAAGAAGGUGUUUGUGGGAAACGGAGUUGCAGAAAUGGACCGCUCCAGUAUUUUCUGCACAGGUGAACCUGUCAGAGGCGUCGGUAUUCGGAUGGUGGAGCCGCUUUACCAGAGUCCCUCCUUUGAUGGUGUCCUGCCCAGCCUCACCUUUCUUCAGAACCUCCCGUCUGUGGUUGUGGGUCACGUCCUCGGGCCUCGCCCUGGAGAGCGGAUCCUGGACAUGUGUGCAGCCCCUGGAGGGAAGACCUGCCACAUCGCUGCGCUCAUGGGGGAUCAGGGUGAAGUGGUGGCUUUGGAGAAGAGUCGAAAUAAGAUCGAGCGCAUUUCCCGAAAUGCACACAUGCUGAAUUUGCGGAGCAUCAAGACGUUUUGCUGUAACAGCAUUCAGGCUGUGAGCAGUGACUCUGCUCAGGUGACUGAAGGCCCGCCGUUUCCUCCUGAGAGCUUCGACCGGGUGUUGCUGGACGCUCCCUGCAGCGGCCUCGGACAGAGACCCAACAUGGCCCUCGGCUUCAGCCUGAAGGAGCUCCGCUCCUACCAGCCGCUGCAGCGCAAACUAUUUCAUGCGGCCGUGCGGCUGUUGAAGAAAGGAGGCGUGUUGGUUUACAGCACCUGCACCAUAACGCUGGCCGAGAACGAGGAGCAGGUGGCCUGGGCCCUCCACACCUUCCCCUGCCUCACGCUGCAGCCACAGGAGCCUCGCCUCGGAGCAGAGGGCAUGCUGGGAGCCGGCCUGCCGCCCGAGCAGCUGCGCCUCCUCCAGAGGUUCAGUCCCGAGCUGAGCUGGGGCCGGACGGCAGGCAAAGCGGAGGCCGCCGACGGCGACACCAUCGGCUUCUUCAUCGCCAAGUUCCUGAAAAACUGAUCACUGGUGGGGGCAAGUUUUGUCUUCCAGCACCCCCAUCCCCCCCACCCUCCCUCCCUCUCUCGCACGAGACGGGAACAACUGUGUUUACACUCCGACACCGAGUGUGCUCUGACGGGCCGGUGUUGACAAAGAGCUCACUGCGCUGUUUACAGCAUCUGCCUCCGAACAGCUGCUCUCUGGAACUGCGGGCCAUAUAGGGAUAAGCUUUAUAAACAGAGAGGGCAGGGGAGAGGAGGAGGAGGAGGAGAGGAGGAGGAGGAGGCACGCGGGGAUGAAGACUGAAUGAGCGCUUGGCAAAUGCAGCAGUGCCGGCGUCGCCAUAACAACAGUGACGACACAGCUGCCAUGGCGACGGCGGAUUCGCUGGAUGGACGGGGGAGCGCGGAUCAGGAAGUGGCGCGCAGAAAGAGGUCACGGGAGGUAUUAACAAUUUAGUGUCUUCGGUCGGGCCGGAGUCAGCCGGGACGGUUAAUUAGCGCCGCUUACGUCUUGUCGUCUGCGACCGGGACGCACCACACGUCAUUUAUUCCCAACUUAACAGGGUUUGAAACAAGUGUUUGCGUUCUCUUAUUACUUUGGGACGUUUGAAAGGCACCAAAUAAAUAUUUAAUAAAUGCUUUUUUUAUGUAGUUUGUAGAAGUCUUUCUGUUCCUACAUGUAAUAGAUCUGAAAUGAUUUUAUCAUCCAAAGCAGAGUGAUGAAUGAAAUGUCUUGUCUUGAUCAAAAAUUUGUCCAAAACCCAACAUUAAAAAUUAUAAAAAAAAAAAAAAUAAAAAAAAAAGUAUGACUGUAAAUGAAUAAACUGGCACAUUUUAACCCUGA